GUCUGCUGUUAUCAUUGUUGAUUUACGACAGGUGUUUACCAGGUGCUACUUGUCACAGAAGCUGUCAAAAUGUUCGGCUGUUGUUGGUGCUGUGCUGCGUUACGUCCGAGAUAUAAGAGACUCGUUGAUAAUAUUUUUCCGGUUAAUCCUCAGGAUGGCUUGAUUAAGAACAAUAUGGAGAAAUUAACAUUUUAUUCGUUGAGCAGUCCUGAGAAAUUAGAUAGGAUUGGGGAAUACCUGUUUCAACGAGCUUCCAGGGAUAUUUACAGGAGACGAAAUGGCUUUGUCGUGAUCGCUAUGGAGGCGAUGGAUCAGCUCCUGGUAGCUUGUCAUGCGCAAACUCUGAAUCUGUUUGUUGAGAGCUUCUUGAAAAUGGUACAAAAACUGCUGGAAUCCACGGAUCCUCAAUUACAAAUUCUUGCAACGCAGUCUUUUGUCAGAUUUGCCAAUAUCGAGGAGGACACACCUUCAUAUCAUACUCGUUAUGAUUUCUUUGUGUCAAAAUAUUCGGCAAUGUGCCAUUCUAAUAAUGAUGAUCCCAUUACACGCAAGCAAAUUAGACUUGCUGGAAUUCAAGGAUUGCAAGGCGUUGUGAGAAAAACUCUUUCUGAUGAUUUGGUUGAGAAUAUCUGGGAACCUGUACAUAUGGACAAGAUUGUACCAUCAUUACUGUACAACAUGCAAAAUUCAAGAUAUGCUGAUAAGGAAGACACAACACCGGACAGCCCAACUGAAGAACGAUCGGAUCCGCCGCAGUUUGCAGAAACUUGCAUGCGAGAACUAAUCGGACGUGCAUCAUUUGGUCAUAUUAGAUGUGUUAUAAGACCUGUAUUGAGGCAUCUGGACAACCAUCAGUUAUGGGUCCCUAACUACUUCGCAAUUCAUACUUUCAGAAUAAUUAUGUUUUCCAUUCAAUCACAAUAUUCCUAUACUGUAGUGGAAGCUUUAAUGACGCAUCUUGAUGAUCACUCAAAAUCGUCUCCUAAGAUUCGCACCAGCAUUGCGGAUACUUUGUCUAAAAUUAUAUCAAUUGCUGCAGGUGAAAGUGUUGGACCAUCUGUGUUAGAAAUUAUAAAUUCCUUAUUGUCUCACCUACGAGUUAGUGUAACGAGGAACCAAUCGUCAAGUAGUGAUGAGCAAUUGUAUCAAGAAGCUCUUAUUAAUGCUCUUGGAGAGUUCGCAAAUCAUCUUCCAGAUUAUCAGAAAAUUGAGAUUAUGAUGUUCAUUAUGAGUAAAGUUCCAUACAGUCAGCCUGAUCGUAUCGUAUCGGUCGGCAAGGGAGAUGUAUUACUUCAAAGCAUACUUUUAAAGUCGCUAUUAAAGGUUGGCACCAAGUACCAAACUAUUCACCUGAACACAACGUUCCCACCCAGUUUCUUGGAUCCAUUACUAAGAAUGUCAUUGGCAGCAGAUGCUGAAAUGAGACUUCUUGUACAGAAAAUAUUCCAUACCUUAAUUGACAGACGACGGAAUAUCACAAAACUCGCUAAACCAACUGUGAACGUAGCAGAGCUCGAUCUUGCUAUUGAAAAAGCCUCUAGACCUGAUGUAAUCUUUAUUCGAAAGCACGGUCCUGAAAUCUACUUGGCGCUGUAUGAAUCAUUAGAGCUGUCUAGUAAUACAGUAGAAAAUGUGGAAUCUAUUUAUACCACGUUGGCGUUACUUGCCAUUGAAUUAGCUUCUGAGGAAACAGUAUUAGAGUUACUGAGAUUAGUGUUGAGUCUGCAAGACUUGGCACUGACAAGUGGACAAAUUAGUCUUCAACUUAAAUUCAAUUUACACGCAACAGUUAUCAGCUUACUAAUCUUAAUAUCAUAUGUCUGUAAUAUUACCGCUCUCAUGGAUUAUGCGAAAAAGGUGGUAGAUGCGCGUCGAAACGAUAGCCCUCAUUUACUACCAGAUUUACAAUCUCAAUAUGAUACUGGUCUAACAUCCAGAUUAGCGCCAGCUCUUUUAGUCGACCAAACUGUUGUCAGUGAAUGUCUAAAGGGAGCUGGUCUUGAUAGUGGGAAAUUACAACAAGGUUCGGGCUACAGCGGUAAUUCUUUACAACACAGGUAAUUAUCUACUAAAGAUGCAUUCCAUUUAACGCCCG